AGUAUAUGCGGAAGAGUCUCUUGCUGAAAAGUAUGCUAUUCAAACUAUUGCAACUCAUUCCAAAGCGAGGGGUCCGGACAUCGAUCGAUUUCCAUCUCGGUUUACACAAUCGGAUUUGCCCAAGGCUGCGACUUAUCACCAGCAUGUCUACAACGGAGCCGCCCGAAAACAGCAUUGGUUCAAUAUUCCAAUCGAGCCCGAUGCCAAACUACUACGACUGGUCGUUCGUGCCAUCAGCCUUCCAGGAUGCCGAAUCCAGCCACAUAGUAGACUUUUUCCUGGAAUCUCUUGAUGGCCAGAGCGCUCAAGCAGAACACAUCCGCCGGGCAUCAAGUGUAGUCGAGAGCGACGUCUCCGACAGCACUUCCACAAGCCGUCAGCACAUGUCAGCCUCCUCGCACAUCACGCCAAAGUACGAGACAAGUCCAACUCUAAGCGCAGCCUCAGCAUCUCUUCACGCCCCUCUUGACAAUGCUCAUCCACUCCGUGGUGUCCUGGUCCCAGGCAUGCUCUCGGAGCAGGACCGCCGCCACCGUCGACGCGAGCAGAAUCGCAAAGCGCAGCACGCGUUCCGGGAGAAGCGCAAGUCUGAAGCCCGUAAAGUGGAGAAGGAGCUGGCGGAGCUGAAGAUGCAACUUGCCGGCUUUCGUCACAACGCUGCCAGUGCAGGAUGGACCAUCUGUGCGAAGUGCAGGAACUUCUACCCUCCCAAUAAUGCCGGCGAAGAUGUCAAUGCAGACAACCCCAGCAGCAGCCCGCCGUGCUUCGACGAGUUUGCGUUCGGACACUAAAAGUGUGGACAUUGGUGAACACGUGUGAAGGGUUUGACGUAAAAAAUGGGAACAAACGAUUGCGCGGCUGCGUCGGGGGCAACGGGCGAAAUGAUGUUCGGAACAAGAAGAAGAAGCCAUACAACUGUCGCCCAGCAGGCAUGUGGUCUACGCUAGUAGCACAAGCGAGCCGGCAGGGGACAUGGGCAACGCGGCAACGAGAGUCAGUAACGCCGCGACACUAUGAAAGGAUCAUGUGUAUCCAACAUAUGCUCUGCUCUGUUGAGGUCUCACAAUUCGAGCGGAACAAAC